AUGCCUGGGUUCGUCGUGCCGCCUCCGCCGCCCAAGACCCGUCUGGGCCGGCACCGCCAGCUCGCCCCGCUCGCGGGGAUGCACGUCUCGCCGCUCUGCCUGGGGGCGAUGAGCAUCGGCGACAAGUGGGACAAGAUCGGGUUCGGCGCCAUGGACAAGGAGAGCAGCUUCAAGCUGCUCGACGCGUUCUACGACGCGGGAGGGAACUUCAUCGACACCGCGAACAACUACCAGGACGAGUCGUCGGAGCAGUUCAUCGGCGAGUGGAUGGAGCAGCGCGGGCUCCGUGAUCAGAUGGUCAUUGCGACCAAGUACUCUACCAACUACAAAAGAGACACGGGCAUCCCCCAGCAGACGCACUACGUGGGGAACAACAUAAAGUCUCUCCACAUGUCUGUCGCAGCGUCGCUCAAGAAGCUCCGCACCGACUACAUCGACAUCCUCUACGUUCACUGGUGGGACUGGGGCUGCGGCGUCGAGGAAGUGAUGAACGGCCUCCACAACCUAGUAGUCCAGGGCAAGGUGCUCUACCUGGGCAUCUCCGACACGCCUGCGUGGAUCGUGUCCAAGGCGAACAUGUACGCGCGGAUGGCGAACAAGACGCCGUUCGUGAUCUACCAGGGCGCGUGGAGCAUCCUCCAGCGCGACUUUGAGCGGGAGAUCAUCCACAUGGCGCGCGAGGAAGGCAUGGCGCUCGCCCCGUGGAACGUGCUCGCCGGAGGGAAGAUCCGGACAGACGCCGAAGAGGAGCGUCGUCGCCAGACAGGCGAGAAAGGUCGCAUGUCAUUUGCCCCAGAUUGGGAGCGCUCCGAAGAUGAGCGCAAGGUCUGUCUCGCGCUCGAGAAGGUCGCCGGGGAGGUCGGCGUGAAGAGCAUCACAGCUGUUGCGCUCGCGUAUGUGAUGCAGAAGACGCCGAACGUGUUCCCGAUCAUCGGCGGGCGCAAGGUCGAGCACCUGAUGGACAAUAUCGCCGCGCUCGACAUCGCGCUCAGCGAGGAGCAGGUCAAGUACCUCGAGGACGUCCUGCCGUUCGUCCGCGGGUUCCCGCAUGAGAUGAUCGGCGACGGGUCCGCCUACGGAUUUUUGCAUGCGAUGGGGGGCUACUUCGAUCGCUGGCCGCGGCGCCAGGCCCUCCGGCCGACGUCCGAGUAG